UAUCAGAAAUGAGUAAUUCUGCAAGCAGAAAACCACAUGCUGUGUUGAUUCCAUAUCCACUUCAAGGCCAUAUCAAUCCAAUGUUCAGAUUAGCAAAACUACUUCACCUUAGAGGCUUUCACAUAACCUUUGUUAACACCGAAUACAAUCACAAACGUUUGCUCAAAUCAAGAGGUCCUAAUGCUUUUGAUGGUUUCACCGAUUUUCGCUUUGAGACUAUUCCUGAUGGUUUAACUCCAAUGGAUGGCGAUGGUGGUGAUGCUACUCAAGACUUGAUAUCUCUUCGCGAAUCAAUCAGAAAGAAUUGCAUCGAACCUUUUCGCGAACUUUUAGCUAAACUUAAUGACUCUGCAAAAGCCGGUCUUAUACCUUUUGUUACUUGCUUAGUUUCUGAUUGUAUUAUGCCAUUUACUACACAAGUUGCUGAAGAACUUGCACUCCCAAUAGUGAUCUUUUUCCCGUCAAGUGCUUGUUCUUUCCUGUCUAUUUUACACUUUCGUGCACUUAUUGAGAAAGGUCUCAUACCACUCAAAGAUGAGAGUUAUUUGACAAAUGGAUAUUUGGACACUAAAGUUGACUGGAUUCCAGGUUUGCGAAACUUUAGACUGAAGGACCUUCCUGAUUUUAUACGGACAACAGAUGCUAAUGAUUUGAUGUUAGAAUUUAUCUUUGAAAUGGUAGAUAGACUUCAUAGAGCUUCUGCUAUUUUUUUAAAUACUUCUAAUGAUCUUGAGAGUGAUGUUAUGAAUGCUCUUUAUUCUAUGCUCCCUUCUCUAUACACCAUUGGCCCAUUUGCUUCGUUUUUGAAUCAAAGUCCACAAAAUCACUUGGAAUCUUUAGGUUCCAAUCUUUGGAAAGAAGAUACUAAAUGUCUUGAAUGGCUUGAAUCAAAAGAAUCAGGAUCUGUUGUUUAUGUUAAUUUUGGUAGCAUCACGAUUAUGUCUCCGGAGAAAUUGUUAGAGUUUGCUUGGGGUUUGGCCAAUAGCAAGAAAACCUUUUUAUGGAUCAUUAGGCCUGAUCUUGUCAUUGGUGGCUCAGUGGUUUUGUCGUCUGAGUUUGUGAAUGAAAUUGCAGAUAGAGGCCUAAUAGCAAGUUGGUGUCCACAAGAGAAAGUUUUGAACCACCCUUCAAUUGGCGGAUUCUUGACUCAUUGCGGAUGGAACUCAACCACUGAGAGCAUAUGCGCUGGAGUGCCAAUGCUUUGUUGGCAAUUCUUUGGUGAUCAACCAACAAACUGUAGAUUUAUUUGCAAUGAAUGGGAGAUUGGGAUCGAAAUCGAUAUGAAUGUGAAGAGAGAGGAGGUUGAAAAGCUUGUCAAUGAAUUGAUGGUGGGAGAGAAAGGAAAUAAAAUGAGGAAAAAGGUUAUGGAGUUGAAAAAGAAGGCAGACGAGGACACUAGACUUGGCGGGUCUUCAUACUUGAACUUGGACAAAGUGAUCAAGGAGGUGUUGCUUAAACAAAAUUAG